AUGAGCUCAAACAAGGACUUCACUGUUGCGAUCGUAGGAGGAGGCAUCGCAGGACUUGUAUGCGCUGUCGGGCUUGCUCGCGCAGGCGUUGAGGUCGACGUUUUUGAGGCUGCUUCCAAGUAUGAGGAGAUUGGUGCUGGUAUAGGCAUUGGCGCGAAUGCCAUGCGCUCAUUCGAAGGAAUGGGUAUUCUGGAGGAAGUCAAAGCUCACUCCCAGAGCAUGGGCACAGCCAGCCGCUCGUUCAAGUUCGUGCGCGGGACGGAACCCCACGAUGUCAUUUACGACUACCCUAUAGAUGUCGACGGGAAGAACGGCAAUAUGGGUGCUGUAUUUCACCGUGCUGCUUUCCUGGACGUUCUCUCUCACUUGCUACCGACUAACGCCCGCUCGCACUUCAACAAGCGUUGCGUCUCCGUAUAUACGGAUCAAGAAGGCCGUGUGCGCUUGCGCUUUACAGAUGAUACUGUGCACGAGGCAGAUGUAGUUAUCGGUGCGGACGGCAUCAAGAGCGUUGUUCGCACACAGGUCAUCGGUGAAGAUGCAGACAGGCUCGUGGACACAGGGACAAGCGCUUACAGGGCUUUGAUUCCCGUCCAGCGCCUGCAUGACGCCAAUAUCCGUAAGGAGUUCCUGGAGGACUUGCUGAAGCCAUCGCCGCGCGGCUACAUUGGCCUGGACAAGCACAUCAUCACCUACGCGAUCAUGAACGGCACCAUGCUCAACAUCUCCGCUCUGACAACCGACCUCGCCCACUCAAUGGUCCCCGCGGGACCGCAGGCGUCUUGGGUGACUUGGGUACAGCCUGCAACUCGCGAGGACGUUCUCGAGGCUUUCAAAGACUUCGGACCGGAUGUACGCGCAAUCUUCGAAUGCAUCGAGAAGCCUACCAAGUGGGCGAUGCAUGGCCUGUAUCCGCCCCUCGAGAGCCAUGUCUUCUCCGCAAAGUCUGAGGACGGAGGGGCCGCCAGCAGGAUCAACGUAGUGCUCGUAGGCGAUGCGGCACAUGCGAUGCUUUCCCAUCUGGGUGCGGGAGCCAGCGUCGGGAUCGAGGGCGCGUAUGUGCUCACGAGCUUGCUCGCGCACCCGCAGACGAAACAUGCCAACUUGUCUGACGUUCUUCGCGCGUACAACGUUGUCCGUGUUCCACGAGCGGCCUACGUUGCCAAUGGAAGUAAGCGCGCCGGGGACAUAUAUCAAGGCCAUGGCCCAAGCGGCCCCGGUGACAAAGGCCGCCGUAAAGAUCUUGAUCUUCAGUGGGAGCCAAUUUGGAACUACGACACCCGAGAGGAGCUUUCUCGAGCCGUCAAAUUGCUGGGGGACGAAGGAGUGUUCGCGCGGGAAUGA